AUGAGUUUGGAAUUGGUACGAAAUUUGGAUUUGAUAUAUGAUGAAUAUAAUAAGAUAAUAGAAGAUGGUAAUGGCGGUGAUGAUGAGGAUUCAAUUGCGUUUUUGAACUGUUUAAUAAGCGAGAGUAUAAAUAAAGAUAUUGAUUAUAUUCGGAAGAAGAAUAUCAAAGCGAAUAAAGAGGAUUAUUUGAGAUUAAAUAACGAUGAUGAUAAUAAUAAUAAUAAUAAUAUUAAUAUUAAUAGGGGAUAUAAUGGAAAUUACAAUUACAAUUCCAAAGAGAAUAGUAAGAGCACGUUUAAUAUAAGUAUGCAUCUCAAUGAUGAAGAGUUUGUAAAUGAUAAUAUAAUAGGAGAUGGUAAGAUUGGUGGUAAGAUGAACGGACUACAUGAUAAUAGGGAUAGUUAUAUGAUGGAGAUGAGAGAGAUUAAAAAUCGAGUGAGCAAGUUAGGAUACGAAGUUGAAAGACGAAGGUUUGAGGGCAAUUAUGUAUUGAGAGAAGUUCAAGAGAGAGAGGCAAGAGAGAUUACGGAGAGAGAAGAUAAAGAGAGGGAAGAAGAAAAGAAGGAGGGGAUAGAAGGAGAUGAUGGUGAGGAUAAAGUGGAGGUUAUUAAAAAAGAAGGCGAUAAGGAAGAGAAUGAAUUGAAUCAAUUAAGAAAGCGAUUGUUAUCGAGUUCCAAUCGGAAAAAACUAAAGGAGAUGAAUUUACAGGGAGAAGGAAAGGGAGAGAAAAACAUUGAUAAUGAAAAUGAGAUGCAUGACAAUUUACAAAACAAGUUGAUUGGAGAAAUGUUGAGUUUUGUUAAUAAUUUAAAAGAAAGCUCGAUGAAAUUUUCAGAUAAAUUAAAAGAAGACGAAGAAUACUUGAAAUUAAGUACCAAGUCAAUUGAGAAUACGCAUUUGAAGUUGAAUACGGUUAGUGGUAGGUUGGAUAAAUUUAGUAAAGAUGGGAAGAUAACUAUUUGGUUUAUUCUUUAUGCGAGUGUAUUUGUUAUUGUGGGGCCGUUGAUUGCUAUUUUCAUUAUCAGUGUUGUUCGAAGAUUUUAA